UAAAUCCGGGACAUCAUUUUAUUUUGAAAUUAAAAAGCUUUGUACAUCCGGGUCAGGGCUACAUCUGACGCUUCCUUCAUGCGGUAGAUUUGUUGUCACCAUCGAGGCAUUUAGUGAACAUUAAACCGGACAAAAUGCAGACUUCUUGGAUAAACGUGGCUUUGUUUUCAUCUUUGCACGUUUUGCUGUUUUUAUGGGCUUUCCAAGAUGUCGUCGAUGCAGCUAGCGGCAGAGGAUUUGGGGAUAACAUCAACUGGAGGACGUUGGAAGAUGGCAAAAAUGAGGCGGAAGCCAGUGGGCUGCCCAUCAUGGUUAUCAUCCACAAGACCUGGUGUGGAGCAUGCAAAGCACUGAAACCCAAAUUCGCAGACUCGAAGGAAAUCUUGCAGCUUGCCCACAACUUUGUGAUGGUCAACCUGGAGGAUGAAGAGGAGCCAAAGGAUGAGGCCUUCAGUCCCGACGGCGGCUACAUCCCUCGUAUUCUCUUCCUCGAUUCCAGCGGCCAAGUUCACCCCGAAAUCACGAACAAAAUGGGAAACCCCAACUACAAGUAUUUUUACAGCAGCGCAGAGCAAGUGGUGUUUGGGAUGAAGGAGGCGCAGGAGAAGCUGAUAAGCAACACCUUGGAUCGCACCCACGUAGGAGACGAGCUGUGAGGAGGUGGCGAGCAUCAAGCUGCAAGGGCUACACCUCCUCCAUCACCCAACCACACCCAGGUCACUCAUCCAACUAUCCAACCAUGAACGCUGUUUCUCCUGUUAGAAUUUUACAACACAACUAUUCUCAUGAUGAUGAUGAUGCUCUUUUUUACAAUUUGGAUAUUUGUAAUAUGCAGAACUGUAAAAUAAUGGAUGGAACGAAAGCACAGAAGACUUUACAGUGCCAAAUGUGUGGCCUCUUUGAUGGACAUUUGAUUAUUUUUAUUAGAGCACUUCCACAUAGUACUGGAGACUUGUGUGCUCAAUUCGGCAAAAUACAAGCUCUUAUUGUCAUGAGCCAAAAGCCACGACUUCUACAAGCUAAUAAAGCUUUUGAUGCUUCCAAAGAGGACUCUGAAUUAUAGAUUUUCCUUUUUGUUGUUACUUCUGCACAGGGUGAACAAUUAUUUUAUAAAUUGUGGUGUAAAGUUUGGGCUAAUUAUCACACUGCAGUGUGGAGUUGAGUUGAUCACAUUUUAUUGUCCAACAACAGUGGUGCUUCCCUUCUUCUCUUAUUGUGUCCCAACACACUAAAUAGUUGACAGGCACACCCCUAAUGAGUAUUCAUAACCAGGAGAAAUGUUACCCUCAAGAUUCUGUAAGAUGUUCCUAGUUAAAACCAAAUAUAUAGUCUCAAAGUGCUCUGAUAGGGUGUCAGACUUCAACUCAGCGAGUUACAUACAGUCAUCCCUCGCAAUAUCAUUAUCGCUCCCUCGCUCCCGCUAAGGUCUAUUGUCGAAACAUAUCAAAAUACAAGUGAUGUGUAGUAUUCUGGUCACCUGGCGGCAGUCAUGUCAUAAAGUUCUCCCAUUCCAUGUGGAAGUGGUAAGUAAAUUCAAGGCUAACAGGUUAGCAAGCUCACGGUCGCCUGGAGUCUCUGCAGCAUAAGAGUGGAGCAAACAAUGAAUAAUAGGAGUGUAAAGGUGACUGUAGGAGUGACUUUCAAAAAAAAAACGUAAUCUUAUAUCGCAGUCGGGUCUGGAACCAACUGAUAUAAACGAGGGAUGACUUUAUUUUCAAGGGAAAAAAAACAGCCUGCAGCUUCAUGUUGGAAGUGACAGCGUAUUAUUAUUAGUAGUAGUAGUGGUAGUGUUUUCGUCUUUAAGAUGUUUUUUUUUAUAAUGUGCUGCAGGCCUUAAAUGGCCCCAGAACCGCAUGCUGAAUACUAAUAAUCAAGUGUACUUUGCUUUUCCUUUGGGUUCUUUUGGAAUGCCACCACAGAAAGGUACCACUGAUGGCAAAUGUGAUGGUAAUAUUAGAACAGGAAAGGAAUGAUGAACAAUCCAAUUGUGUGUGUAGAUAAGAUAGUAGCUAAGUAGCUAAGAUGUAGAUAUUUUUUUGAUCGUUUAGUGUAACGAUUGACCUAAACAGGAUUGCUUGUCUCAAUUUAAGUUUAAGAAGAAAAUAUGUUCAGCAAAUGAAUAAGUUUGGUGUCCAUGCAUGUGAGACUUUGGAUGGAGCUUAUCACAUUCCAGACAUUUCCGUGUAUUACAACAGAUUAUUUAUGCCUAAAUAAGUGAGGUGAAGACAGAAACCAGCCAAGGACUACAAAGUCCAGCAGUGUGAAGACAUUUGAAUCUAUGAUUUUUUUUCACUAUUUGUGUGCUGCAAGGCUCCAUACCAGGAAAGACAUGGCACCGUGGACUUCAACCAUUGCGCCAAACAACUCCCACAACUCUUAUGAAAAAAAGCGCUAAAAAGCUGCGUGAUCUUGGCAUUCCAAAUGACACAGCUAGCAAGAGUUAAAAACGCAUUUAAAGAUUAGGUACCGUGUAGGAGAAAGGGGGUAAGUGCACGUUUCACAGACCUUUACCAGUCCUCACUAUCACCACUUGAGCUUCCUCUGGGAUUAAAAAAGGUGUAAUAGGAUAAAAAGAGGAGGUGUGUGUUGGGGGGGGGGGGUUAGAACCUCCCGUGCUUGGCAUCUCCAAUGGCACCCCAAACGUCAAAGACAAACUCGUCUGGGAAAGCAAAGUCGCCGAGCGUCUCGUCCAAUGCCAUGGCAAACUCGUCCGGGUUCUUCUUGUCCCGGCCCACCUCCACCAUGGUGGC